AUGGAAAAAAGCGACUAUGAAGCAAUGGAAAUAGGAACUGAAAUUGGGGAUGAAGAAGAGGAGGAGGAAACUAGUGAAAUAGAUAUUUCGUCUUCGUUAUUGAAUAAUAGUAUUGAAGACGAAUUAUACGGUUUUGGUGUUAGUGGUCGUGGUGUUAGUCGGUAUAAAGUACCAACACCAAUACAACGGAAAACAAUCCCAUUAAUCAUAAACGGAAACGACGUAGUAGGAAUGGCACGUACCGGGUCUGGCAAAACCGCAGCUUUUUUGAUCCCGAUGUUGGAGAAACUGAAGGCACAUUCUGCAAAGGUUGGCGCCCGCGCAAUCAUAUUAUCACCAUCACGUGAGCUCGCUCUACAAACACAAAAAGUGUGUAACGAACUUGCAAAGUACACUGAUUUGCGAACGUGUAUUUUGGUCGGUGGCGAUAGUUUGGAAGAUCACAUAAUCGCUACUCCAGGGCGCUUACUACACUUACUUGUAGAAAUGGAUAUGGAUCUUGACACAGUAGAAUAUAUUGUGUUUGAUGAAGCUGACCGGUUAUUCGAAAUGGGAUUCUCGGUCCAACUACACGAGAUUCUACAUAAAUUACCUUCUUCGCGACAGACACUACUGUUUUCCGCGACGCUUCCGAAAACUUUGGUCGAUUUUGCAAAGGCUGGAUUACAAGAUCCGACUUUAAUCAGAUUGGAUGUGGAGUCAAAGAUUAGUUCAGAUCUUCAGACCGCGCGUAAAAUACAAAUAUCGCGUUUUCGGGACGGCAUGACAAAUUUGUUGAUUGUGACGGAUGUCGCGGCGCGUGGUAUUGAUAUCCCGAUUUUGGAGAAUGUGAUCAAUUAUGAUUUUGUGGACGGGAGUAAAAUUUUUGUGCAUCGUGUGGGAAGGACAGCGAGAGCUGGAAGGCCUGGGUGGGCUUAUUCUCUAGUAACUCCCGAAGAGUUUCCGCACCUUUUAGAUCUUCAACUUUUUCUUAGUCGACCUCUAUUAAUUGGAUCUCAAUUGGCUGGCGGCGGCAGCAGCAAUGAACCAAACUACACUUCGGAUAUAGUAAUCGGAGGUUUACCCAGAGACGAUAUUGACUCUAAUCUCGAAUGGGUAAAGAGUAAACUGAUAGAGAGUAGUGAGCUUGAGACAUUAAAGAAUGUAGCGAAUAACGGCUACAAACAAUACUCGAAGUCUCGGGCUUCUGCCGCGUCCGAAACCGAUAAAGUAAAUAUCCAGCAAAAAGAACGGCUGAAUCUUAUAAAUUCAAUCACCAACUUUCGUCCUAAUGAGACAAUAUUCGAGAUAGGUAAUCGCGGAAUUAAAAAAUCUUCAGUAGCAGGAUUGGUUAUGAAACAACGACGUAAUGCAGUCGGUAAAGCUAUCGAAACUUUUAAAACUUCUCAGGAAAAAAAUAACGUCAAACAACAACAGCAACUGAACGAUUCUGAUGAGGACAAUAAUAAAGAACAGAAAGACGAGAUUAAGGCUUAUACGGACUCGAAGUCCAAAUUGGAUGACAAUAAUCAUAAAAAGAGAAAAGCAAAAGAUACUGCAAACUCGAAUGCAUCGAAAAAACAAAAAAAGGACAAUUACCGAGAUGAGGAGUAUUAUAUUCCGCAUUACCAAAUGGAUGCGAACACUGAAAAAGGAUACUCAGUAACCCAAGGAACCUCUUUUGCCGAACAAGCACAAAAAGCUAUUUUGGAUCCACAAGGCGACGAAGCAUCCACCAUACAAAACAAAAAGAACGCGUAUAGAUGGGACGCUAAAAAGAAAAACUUUGUUCGCGGGCUGGGAAUUGGUGCGGAUAAUAAGAAAUUGAUAAAAACUGAGAGCGGGAUUCGGAUUCCGGCUACUUACAAGAGUGGAAGAUUCAAAGAAUGGCAACAACAAAAUAAACUUGAGAUACCACGAACUGGAGAACGAGAACUCGGCACCGUGCAAGUAGAUGUGAAACGAUACCGACACAACAAAAUCACAACACCUAAACCAUUAGAUCCACUAUCGAAAAAUUAUCCAAAGAAACUGAAAAAGAUGCAAAAAUCCAACAAUAGCAUCGAAGGUAAUGAUAAUUACGAGGAGAAAAAACCCCGUAACAAAGCGAUUCAUCUGGUUAAAACACCAGAUAUUCCUAAGCGUGGUGUAAAGAGUGAACUAAAGACCGUUGAUCAGAUUAGGAAGCAACGAAAAAUCAAGCAAAAUAGACGCGCAAAGAAUUCUAGACCUAGUAGUAGGCGGAAAAAUGUCAAAUAA